AUGUCAUCCAAAGUUGAAUCCUGGAAGAACUAUGGUGAAGAAUUUAGCAGUGGACAUUUAUUGCGUGAUAUUGAGGAACUUAGCAAAGCACUUUACUUGCAUAAAACUCUGCCUAAAUCAUUAAAUUCAUCACCCAAUCAUCGCCAUGAUGUGGCAGCUAAAACUAGGUCUCCAAAACAAAAAUCCGAAGUCGUUAUUCAGGAUUCGUCACAUAAGGACAAGAAAUCAUCAAUAUGGAAAUGGAAGCCCUUAAAAGCUCUGACCCACAUUGGUAAUCGUAGGUUCAACUGUUGCUUCUUUCUCCACGUGCAUGUUAUUGAAGGGUUACCUUCAAAUUUUGACGGCCUUAGGUUGUGCGUAACGUGGAUGCGCAAGGGGGAUCUGUUGACAACUCGCCCUGCUCGGGUCUGUGAAGGAAGGGCCACGUUUGAAGAGACUCUAAUGCACCGGUGCACAGUUUAUGGUAGUAGAAAUGGGCCCGAGCAUUCAUCAAAGUAUGAGCCCAAGCUCUCCUUGCUUCACGUCUCUGUGAUUGGGGCACCGGCACAUGACAUUGGGAAGCACUGGAUUGAUCUAACAAUGUUGCUUCCUCUUACUUUUGAGGAGUUAGAUGAGGACGAGAGGUGCUCAGGUAAGUGGACUACUAGCUUUAAGCUCACAGGUAGGGCUAAAGGUGCCACGCUAAAUGUUAGUUUUGGGUUUUCUAUUACGGGGGUUAAUUCAUUUGAACCAGGAUGUUAUGUAAAAGUUCCUAAUAUUGUGAGAGAAAGAAGACCAAUAGCAACAGACCAUCGUGCUGAUUUUGAUGGGACUAAUGGAGCCAACAGACUACAUAUGCUCAAUAGUGUACAAAGAAAUUCAAGUCAAGGAUCACAUCGUCUGUCCCGAUCUUUAGAUAUUCAAGUUCUUGAGGAAAUUUCCCCAAAUCAGGAACUUCCCCAAUCUGUUACCCUUUUGUAUCAGACACCGGAUGAGGAGAAGAUGGGUAAUUCUGUGGAAUUUGAUUUCUUUCAUCGAGAUAUUGAGUCCCCUACCUCAAAAUCUGACCCCUGCUUUGAGUCCGGUGAUGGAAGUACCAUAAAUAUGUUUGAUGAUACUGAGUUUACUGUAAUCGAGCAGGGUGUGGAAGUAUCUGUGAAGGAUCAAGAGAAAAUAGGACAAUAUGAUUGUCAAAGUUUUGACAGUUCUGUAAUUGAAAUCAUUGAUGCUGCUGAGAUUUUGGAGGAAGAAGGCAUCAUUUCUAAUGAGAAUGCAGCAUGGAAUUUGAAGCUUGAUGUAAAUGGUAAUAAUGAAAAUGAAAAUGCCAAGGAUGACGGUGAAUACAAAGAAAGUAUCAUGUGCACUAAAGAACCAACUGGUGAAGAACUCGAUUCAUUGCUAGAUAUAAGCAAGCAUGACGAGCUAGAGAAUUACAGGAAGACAAUGUCUACAUACAAAGGAGGGAAGUUUGUAAAAUCACAUAGCUUGGAUGAUGUUGCAGAAUCCAUAGCCAAUGAUUUUCUCAACAUGUUGAGCAUUGAGCAGAAUCCAGAUGACGAAGUUUCUGAUAGUGGGCCUGAGUCUCCAAGAGAUCGCCUUUUGAGACAAUUUAAAGAGAGCACCCAUGCCUGGAGAAACUCCAUAUUUGAUAUUGGCAUAACGGAAGAACAUGAAUAUAGUUGUCUUGCUUCUAGUGACUGUUCAAAUGAUUUUGAUUUGUCAUUCCCUAUUCAAGAAGGUGAAAGGAAGCAUGGUACUGGAGACCAGUCAUUGGGGAGUAAAAGAAACGCUAAAAGGCUCGAAAACUUGGAAACUGAAGCUUUAAUGCAUGAGUGGGGUCUGAAUGAAGAAGCUUUUCAGAAUCCUCCAUGCACUAGCUCUGGUGGAUUUGGAAGUCCAGUCUAUAUUCCAGCAGAAGAACCACUGAAAUUACCUUCUCUUGGAGAAGGCCUAGGUCCAAUUAUUCGGACAAAGGAUGGUGGCUUCUUACGGUCAAUGAAUCCCUUACUUUUCAGAAAUUCGAAAAAUGGUGCCAGACUAAUCAUGCAAGUGUCUGCCCCAGUUUUGUUACCUGCAGCAAUGGGAUUCAGUGUCAUGGAGAUACUUCAAUGCUGGGCAUCUGAGGGAGUUGAAAAGAUGUCUACUCAGGCAAAUGAAUUGAUGCCUUUGGAAGAUAUCACAGGGAAGACGAUACAAGAAGUGGUGCGGGAAGCUGAAUCUAGAUCAAACACGUUUAAGAGAUGGAAUUUGCAGCAUGAAAAGUGGCCACUUACUCAGAAUUCCAAUACCCUGCUCUCGCGCUCAAAUUGCAUGGAUAUAGAGUCAGAUUAUGUAUGUUAUGAAGAUCUUGUUCCCUUGGCAUUAACAAAUAUCGAAACUCUUUUAAUUGAAGGACUUAAGAUUCAGUCCAACAUGCCAGAUCAGGAAGCACCUUCAAGCAUUAGGGUCCAAUGUGCCAGGAAGUUGGCUUUCUUAGGUAAGAGUGUUCAACUCAGCGGAGACUUUCUUGAUGUUGAUGAAUUAAUGAACUACUCUGUGUCAAUGGAAGAAUGGUUGAGACUGGAUGCUGGAGAUUUUGAUGUCGGUGAUAAAAUUAAUGAGAGAAUUGUGAAAAUCUUAGCAGCCCAUCAAGCUAAAUCCAUAGAAUGGUGUAGUGGACAAUUAAGAAGGGAUGAUGGAAGUUGUGGUGUUUUUGGUAAAAACUUCACAGUAGGUCUAAAAGUACAGCUCAGGAAUCCAUUUCGUAAUUACGAAAUGGUUGGUUCCUCAAUGCUUGCUCUAAUUCAAGUAGAGAGGGUUUAUUCCCCACUGCAACGAGAAGAGAAUGGAGAAAAAGAUGGUCAGGACGAGCAAUUGAUUCAAGAAAGGAUCAAUUUUGAACCGAAACAGAAGGAAAUCCAUGAACACCACAUUCCUUGGUUUAAAAUAUUGGACAUCCAUCUUGCCGGUCUGAAUGUAGAGCUUGACGAUAAACAGCUUUGGGGAACCAGAAGACAACAUCAAUCUGGAUCCCGAUGGUUGUUUUCUAGUGGAAUGACUGCUAAUAACAAACUAUCAAUCUCCAUUUCAAAUGCAAUUGUAAAAUCAUCAACACAGAUAACGAGGAAGGCAUGCCCUGGAGAUGUGUUGUGGAGCAUCUCCUCUAAUACACAAGAUGAAGCAGCUACAUGGGACGAAGCUGUUGCACUAAAUAUUCAUGUAAGAAAUCCUGAUAUUCAUUUUCCAAAUGAAUUUGUUAGAUUCCCGAAAGAGUAG